UAUAAUUAAUGUGAGAAAUACGAGUCUUGACCCCAAACAAUAAUUGAUAGUUGAAGUAGACAGUUACCAGACACUAUUUUACUGUAAUCAGCAGAUUCUAUUAUGAAACGUUGAGAAAUCUAUUUUUAAUUUGAAUGAAUAUACACAUAGUAGUUUGCAGUUUCAUUCAUCGCGAAUAGACGAUUCAAGGUUACGUCUCGUAUUUUCCUGAAGUUUCAACAAGUUACACGAGAACCGGUCAAUAUAUAUCCCCCACCGCGAGUUGCCUUAGUAACCGCGUUAUAUAAAAAGGGAGCGUCACUCAGCAACAGCAGUUUCUCGAAAUCAUAAUAAUACCACGUGCUAUAAAGAAUUUUUAAAUCCACUAUUGAGAUAAAAUUGUCAAUUCAAUUACGAAAAUUUCAAUUUAUAAAAUAUUGAUAACAAAAACAAUUGAAAAAAUUAGAAAUUAAAAAGAAAAACUCACUUGCAAAAAAAAAAAUGUCCUUGGUGCCAAUGCUCUUUUCCCAUUGGUGGGAGAAAUUGGAUAGUCCUCAUCAAUUGUUUGAUCAAAAUUUUGGCAUUGAUUUGAAUAUGGAAGAUCUUUUGGACACAUUGCCGAGCUCUGAUCAAAUUGUCAUCUAUAGACCUGGUAGACGUUCUUUUCAAAAACGAUAUCGUCCUUACUUGAGAAGAGGUCAAGGUACAUCGGUUGUUGAUUCGGAUAAGAGCAAAUUUAAAAUAACUUUGGAUGUCCAACAAUUUCAGCCAAAUGAGAUAAACGUUAAGGUGAUUGAUAAAAAUGUAAUUGUCGAGGCCAAGCAUCAGGAAAAAGAAGAUGAGCAUGGCUGGAUAUCCAGGGAAUUUCGAAGAAAAUAUACAAUUCCAAAUCAGUGUGAUCUUGAUAAAGUGGAGACAUUCCUCUCAUCUGAUGGUGUUUUGACAAUCACAGUUCCCAGAAAGCAGGAUCAAAUCGAGUCCAACGAAAGGAGGAUCCAAAUUCAAUUCACCGGUCAACCUGCUGUUCGGCAAUCACAGCAACAAUCGAUUUCCAAUGGAUCUGCGGGAACAAUAGAAAAUCAGAAACAAAAUCAAAAAAUUCCAAAUACGCCCCAAAGAGGACGAAAAUCAAAUGCAAAAUCUACAUAAGUUUUCAAAAGUGAAAUUUUAUUUUCAAAUUUAAUGUUUUUUCUUAUAGACAUUUCAUUGAUAUUUUUCAUUUCAUAAAGAAAACAUUUUUUUCAUUCAUUAUAGACAUAGUGAAAAUUGUGAAAAUUGUCUCCAAUAUUCUUAUAUUUUAAGUAAUUAUAAAAAUAUUUGUAAACAAAAAGUAGAGAAGGCUUAAUAAAUAUAACGUUCAGUAUUGUAAA